GACGUUGAACCUUGGCGGAGAUUGUCACCUAUGAUGCAACAGGUCAACCCCGCGAGUCACGACCUGCGCGGCCCCGAAGAUUGCGGCCGAUCGAGGGUCCAACCACUCUGUUAUCGGAGAACCCCUCCUCCUACUGGGGUAUCGCAACGCAGAGGAGCCAGAGCCAAGGGCUUUGCCGCCUUUGCCUGAUGGGACCUUUCCUCGACGACAAGGGCCCAGUGCCAGAAUGGCAAUCGAAAAAAGGGGUGGCGAGGGAAUAUCCGAACUAGUUGAUCGUCGAGCCGACUUUCCUCGAGUUAGCGCAGAAUAUGGCAUAUGGAAGACCAUUCAGAAUUCUAGCCCGUCGUCUUUCAACCAGGAUCCGUCAACAAGCAUCCUGCAAGUGACAUGGGACGACAGUCAGACUCAGAACGUCUUCUGCCAUCCUCGAACUUCCCCCGCCGCCAAGGUACAAAGCCGAUACCUGUCGAAGCCUCCCUUAAGACCCCGUCUCACAAGUCACUGUGGCCCCGAGCCUGGAGUUUUUGUCACUCUCCACGCCAAUGCCGCUGCCCACGCCUACUUUGUCGCAGACUCGCAGAUAGUCCACUCAAUGCGGGCCUUAAAAGUCGGUGUAGAACCGAGCCGCUAGAAGCUUGCGACAGCCCAUGCUUGCCGCCCAACAAUUCAGUUUUUCUGACUGCUAUUUUCGCGAUUUUCAAGCCAGGACGGGCCAUUCCAUGCCUCUCAG